AGCCUCGGGAUACUUGGAAGCAUCCCUGCAGCCUGGUUAAUCCUGACGUUGCUGGUACUCCUGGUCUACCUGGUAACGAGAUGCUGCGACCGGAAACCGCGCCCCAGGAGGUCGAUAACCCUGCUGAAGUGUUCGCUGGCCAUCCUGGCGUUGCUUUGCAGCGGAGCUGUUGCCGUCGGCCUCUACGGUAACGACGACGUGCACAACGGUUUGGUGCAAUUGGUGGCCGCCGCGAAGAACGUCGAUGGUAUUCUCAUGGGUGUACGGAAUCAGACCGACACCAUCGAGGCGACAUUGAAGAAGAAAGUGCAGAUGCAGUUGACUGCCUUGGGAGACGAUUUCGACGCCCCUGUCAGCAAUAAAACCAUGCUCAGCCUGCUGUUGGUUGCUCUGCAGAGCAUGAAGCAGAACACGAACAUAGCCGUGAACCGGAGCUUCGAAAUUCGAAAACCAUUGAGCGGCAUCAGCCUGGCUGGCGCGAUCGGGAUGGGAGAGAAGAUAGAGCAAUUAAGGUGGCCCGUCACUAUGGCCGUUCUCAGCGCGCUUCUCGUUCUCUGUGUGGUGUUGGUCGUCGGAGUUGCGCGACAUUCCAGAUGCGUUCUCAUAACAUUCUCCGUGUUUGGGUUGUUCGCGGUGAUAGUCUCCUGGCUGAUGGCUUCGCUGUACCUCGCGACUUCAGUGGCCUUAGGUGAUCUCUGCGUGUCCCCAGACGGUUACUUAACCAGAGCGGUACCGUCCACUCUAGCCUCCGAGGUUCUUUCGUAUUACACGCAUUGCGAGAACACGCGCAGCAAUCCAUUCAGUCAGAGAUUAAAUGACGGUCAAAUCGCGGCGAGCAACAUGAGAGAUAACAUGAACACCGUGACCAGGUUGGCGCUAGAGUUGUUCAAGGAGCAACACUUGCAACCAAAAUUGACCAGCCUUUCGAUCGACGUGUCCACCGUGAACAAGCUCAUGUCGGGAUUGACGACGUUACUCGAUUGCAAGCCACUUCACAAGCAAUACGUCCAUGCCGCGAAGAGCUUGUGUCAUUUAGGACUGUACGGACUAACUUUCAUGCUGUUGGCGAGUUUAGCCGCGGGUCUGUUCUUCACGGUGUUAGUCUGGGUGGACUCACACACUUGGAUCUAUAUUCGAAAGCGAAGAGAUUACCAUCAAGUCGACGAGCAGGACCCGUAUCUACCGCCAUCGGCAGCUUCGCAGGCGAUAGCAGCGCGGACCCUUCGAGGCCAAGGGUCGUACCCGCCUACAGCCCCUUCUGUAUUUUAUCCGAAUGCUCAUGGCACUCAAAAUACCAUUAAGCAGCCUCUCUUGCUAACGCCGCCCCCGCCGUCCUACGCUACUGCGACUGCUCGAGCACGUCAGCUGCACGAGAGCAUGCUA